UUUCAUCAUAGAUGUCGCUAAACGUCACAUGAAAUGUCAUUGUGAAAUCCAAUAUUUUUGAAAUACCAUAUUCGCAAAGGCGGUAAGGAUUUUGAAAAACAAAGCUAUAUUUUGUUAAAAAUAUAAAAAGAAUGGACACGAAAGCCGAUAAAUUACAAAAAAAGGCAAUUCGAGAUCAGCAAAAACGUAUAAAACCUGGUGAAUGCCAGAAAUAUGUGCGCAUGGUUUUGGAUAGCAGUAUACUAUUUUCUAGUAUUCCAGGACUUGGUAACGAACUAAAAUUAGAAAUCGAACAACUACAAAUAACAUAUACCGUACGCGAUUUACCUGCUACAUUUUGUAUAAUUUGGGAACGUCAAUCGGGUCAGCGAGAAUUGCUACCCAAUGAGUGUUUAGAUUCGCCGCUGAGCGCACAGUGGGAAUCGGAAAAUCAAGUUGUGCAAUUUUUUACUAAAGAAAAUCUUAAGAACACACCAGCAACUAAAAUAGCAGAGACAAUGGAAAGACAUUUUCCAGAUAAGCAACCCACUAUAGCAUUGUUGGCAGAUCAAAAUAAGAAUGCGGAAUCAAUCACUACAAAUUCUGUGCUCAUAGAUUUACAAGUCUUAAAUCAAGUAGCUACAAUACAAGUAGCACCAGUGGCUAGCGAAGUUGCUGCUACGUUACGUCGUUUCACAAAGGCCAUAGCAGAGGCGCCAUUCAAGCAACAAAAAGCCGAGACUUUGAGCACUUUUAAAAAAUUCCUAGCGAACGAUAAGAAACAGUGUGUACGUGUCGUGGGUAAAAACGGUUUAGGGCGUCUUUGGCAACAACACUUAAAUCGUUUGCCUUUAGUAACCUUGGAGGUAGCUGAGACUAUAAUCGCACAAUAUCCAUGUCCCAAAAAACUUUUGGACGCAUAUAAACGAGAUGCAAAUGAAGAGAAAAAGAUAAUGGCCGAUUUAAAGAUCAAUCGCGGUGGCCCACAGCCAUUACAAUCGGAUAGGCGUAUUGGACAGGUAUUGAGCGGAAAGUUACACAUGCUGUAUAAUAGUAGAGAUCCAAAUGCAAUUAUUUAAUCAUAAAUUUUCAACAAGUUUUCGAAAAAAUGAUAUUUGCAUGCACCAGCGCUAUGAAUUAGAAUAUAUAUACACCAAUUUUGCAAUUAUAGAAAAUUUUACUUUGUUUAAGUUACAUUAGAACAAUUGAUUAUAUAAUAUUUUUUUUUACCACUUGUUUAUUGUUUAUUCCUUAACGUUAUAUAUUAUUAUUAUUAUUAUACAUUAAUUAGGCUUUUUCAAUAUAUGUUUAUGUGUUUAAUUAGUCAUUUGUUUAUUAAUUUUAUAUGGUCUAAUGUGAGGCCUAGCACUAAAUAUUUAUAAGUAUAAUUAUUAAAUAUAAUAUCGUAAAUUAGAAUAUUAUUUGGAUAAUUAUGCACAAUUGCUAAUAGUAUUUGUUAUUCAGUUAUAAUUAAAAAUCACAUAUUUUCAUAUUCCGUAAUUUUGUUAUAUAAUAUUCACUAAUUUUUUCCUAUGAUUUUUGUAGGUAUGUAUAUAUUUGCUUAAGUAAUUUGACAAAUUGUACAUUCAAAACGCUUUGGACACGACGGUUCGCCAACUAAAUUUUAUUCUUAUGAGUUUUUUUUUUUUUACUUUUGUCCCUAAGCGUUUGCCCGCAUUAAUUAAAAUUAUAAUCCGAAUUAGAAAUGUCUUUAUUUAUUUAUAUUCUUGUCAAUUACGAGUUUUAUAAAGAAUAAAUUAACUGUUCUAUGGAGUUUACGUACACAUAUUUCGAUAUUAAUUGAGUGUUAAAAUCUUAGCGAAUAUUGUGAUUGUUCUUACUUUUUUUGGAAUUGCCAUUUCUUUUCUAUUUGGCAAAAGUGAAUCGAUAUUGUAUAAACAUAGACAGGAAAAGUACGCGACACACGAACGUAUUUGUAAUGCGAAUAAAUUAAAAAAUAAUCAUUAAACAUAAUAAAAAUAAUUUGCAACUGAUUUUUAAUCAACCAAAUUAUAAAUUUCAUGAACAUAUCCUUUAUUAAGUAGUCAUCACUAUUUCUAGAAUCACGAAUAUGUCAAAAUGGUUUAAUUCGCCGGUUUGUUAAAUUUCUGAAACCUGUCCAAAUAAAAAAGAAUUGUGAGAUAAUUUCAACUUGAUAUGUGAGCCAACCGCUUGACUUGAAAUGUAAUUAACAGUUAUGUAGAUGCAAACAUUAAACUACGUCCAAUUUUUUACAUAUAAGCGAAGUUUUAUAUGUUUUACUUUUUUUUAUAGCAUUUUAAGGAAAUAUUUAUAUAACACUAAUUGGCCGAAAAUUUGUACAAAUUUUUUAGACAGUUAAAAUUAAGUUCGUUGGCAUGUAGCAUGGCAUGGGUUUCACUCCGGUAGUUUGUAGUAUUUUAUUAUAAUUUAAAAAGCCCAAUUAUAUAUGUUAUAUUUUAGUAUGAAGUGAGUAAUUAAUUUAGUUCUAAUUUUUACAAUGUUUGCAUGCGUUCAUGAAUCACCAUAUUUCGCUUACUGAUUAAUGAUGUAUGUAAAGUGUAUUUUUUUUAACGAAUGAAUGCUUUUACGAAUACUUGUAAUUAUGAUUAAUUUAUUUGUUUGUUGGUGUAUAUAAUUUCGACAAAUAGUCAAUAAAGCAAAUAUUAAAGUAAA